CUCCACACAGAACCAGUGUGGUGCACAGACAGGCGGCAGCCCUCAGAAAGUGGGAAGUUUUUGCCAUUCUGUCAAAAAAAUAAUCACCUUCAUGUCGACUCUGUUGGAUAUUAACCCACCGAUGCUAUGGUUACCUUUAUUACGAUCUUACAGGUGAAUCUAGUGAUGUCCAUCUUGCUGUAUGUGAUGGUCCUUGUGUACCUCUAUGGUAUCCAGGCAACCAACAUGGAUGGCAGUCACCAGGGGCAACAGCAGCAGCGGCAGCCGAGUCCUGACCCUUUAAACUCUCUUGUCAUCCAGCUGCUUCAGGCAGACGUGACGAGGGGGAAGACCAGAGGGAACCACAGUCAACAGGGUAAAAGCAGGGAUACGCUGCCUCGUCUCCUCAGUGAAAACUUUGCCUUAGAGGACCAGGGCGAUGUGGAGAAAUGGGUGACAGGGGGUCGCAGCGGUGGGAGCAGUGACAGCAUGGUGGACCAGCAGGUGAUGCUGUUGAACUCGGACCUACUCAGGCAGCACAAGCGGUACAACUCGCCUCGGGUGCUGCUUAGCGACCGGCAACCCCUGGAGCCACCGCCGCUGUACCUCGCUGAUGAUUUUGUGAGCAGUGGACCAGAGGGCGGGGCAGUGGGAAACAAGACACGUAAGAAGCGUUACGCUGAGCACAAAAGCUACCGUGGUGAAUAUUCUGUGUGUGACAGCCAGAGUCAGUGGGUGACAGAUAAAACCCAAGCAGUGGAUACCAGGGGGGACCCUGUUACUGUUCUGGCCAAAAUUAAAACAAGUGCUACACAGGACAUUAAACAGUACUUUUAUGAGACACGCUGUCUGACCCCCAGGCCCUUCAAAGGUGGCUGCAGGGGCAUCGACGACAAGAACUGGAACUCGCAGUGCAAGACGACGCAGACUUAUGUUAGAGCACUGACGCAGGUUCGCAAUUCAGUUGGCUGGAGGUGGAUACGCAUAGACACUUCGUGCGUCUGCGCGUUGUCAAGGAAACGUCAUAGGACGUAAACAAAACAACACAAGCCCUGCUGGGGACUACCUGUUUGGAAUUCUUCUUCCUAUAUAGGAUUUUUUUUUCCUGUUCUCAAUGCUCCCCACCACAGGAUUAUGUGUUUCGGUGGUGAAGAGCAAAAUUCGGCUAUAGAAUGAUAUUUCUACUGAAGAAAUCUUGGGUCCAUUUGAAUGAUAUUUCACAUUACUGUGCUGCAAAUCCACAAACCGGUGCUGUUAUG